AUGCUCGCGGCGUCCGCGGCUGCCGCGACCGCCUUCGGCACCGCGGCCGAGCUCUUGGCGGCCGUGGACGGCGACUCCACCUGCCUGCACGGUGCGCUGUUUGUGCUGGGCUACGCCCUCGCUCGCAGGCUCCAGCGGCGCUCGGGCCCCGUGCUGGCCGGGGCGACGCAGGCCUCCGCGCGCAAGCCUCGCCCCCGCCCGCUGGGCCUGCCGGCGCUGCUGCUGGACAGGGCCGGCGCCUCGGAGGCGUGCUUGCCGCUCGCGCUGGCGUACCUGGACGACCGCCUCCAGCGGGCAGGCACCCGGACAGGCGCGGAGUGCCAGGGCGGCGUCUGCGCGAGGUCAGCGCUGGUCGCUCUCGUGCUGGCCUCGAAGUUCCACGACGACGAGGCCCUCUGCACGAAUGCAUAUUACUCUGAGCUGGGCGGUCUUGCUCCUGAUGAAUUUGCUUUCUUGGAGCGAGAAUUUUGUAGAAUGCUUGACUGGAAAUUCUUCGUGUCUCCUGAGGAGUUCGAGCGUUACAGUGAUAUGUUGUACAGUGCGGCAUUGGGGACGCUGAGUUGA